AUGUCGUCGUCGCAACAACAUCGAGCUGAGCUUGACCAGAGGGCCAGGCAAGGAGAGACCGUCGUCCCCGGCGGCACCGGCGGCAAGAGCCUCGAGGCUCAGGAACACUUAGCUGAAGGGAGGCAGCGAGGAGGGCAGACGAGGAAGGAGCAGCUGGGGACAGAAGGGUUUCAGGAGAUGGGACGCAAAGGAGGACUGAGCACCAUGGACAGGUCUGGAGGAGAGCGAGCUGAAGAAGAAGGCAUCUCCAUUGACGACUCCAAGUUCACUACCAGAAACCAUAACCAGUAG